UCCCCAUGUCACUGCCAUGUGCCCGCAGCUGCAGCCGCCGCGGCUUGCAGAGGGGAUCUGGUUGCAAUCAGCGGGGAGGACGAGCGGCGCACGGGCUGCCCGCUGCACACUGCGCCGGCCGCGGGAGGUGCAGCCCGGGGCUCCCCGGGCGGAGAGGGGGCAGCCGCGCGAGCCCGGGCUCGCUGAAGUGCACUGAGCGGCAGGGCGAGGAGGAUUCUCUUCCCCGAGAGCUUUUGCCUUUGCAAACUCCCCCAGGGCGGGUGUGCUCGAGAAAGGAGCCCGGGCUGGGUUUGCUUCCUCCCCCCCGGGAGAAACUUCGAACCGUAGGAAGGUUGCAUUGGAAAUGCUGGCGUGGAAGGGCGUGUGAAGGGAAGCCUCCGGCCACCCCGGGGCGGCGUGGGAAAUAAGAAAGCCUUUUGUGAGCUGCAUGGUGCAAGGGAAGCUGCUGCGCCUCUGGCUCGUGGAGGUGUCCACCAGCGGACUUGAACUUGGGAGGAUGGAGAAGAAAAACAUGGAUCAUUACCUGCGCCGCCUGAAACAGGAGCUGUUAUCCAUGAAGGAGGUUGGAGACGGGCUGCAUGAACAGAUGAACUGCAUGAUGGGUGCCCUGCAAGAGUUGAAACUCCUCCAGGUCCAGACAGCUUUGGAGCAGUUGGAGAUUUCAGAGACUCGAAAUAAGAUUUCAGGCAUUGGCCAGCACCAGUGCUGUCGAAAUGGCAGAGAGGUGCCCAGAGCCAGCAGGCAGAAUGAGAGGUUGCUGGGAAGGAGAUCUUUGGAGGAGUGCAGCCCCAUGGCAUUUGCACACUCCACCCAGGUGCCACAAUCUGUCAGCCUUUUUGGCCCUGUGACUUUACCAGACAGUAGCCACCACAGACACGUGGCUUAUAGCAAAGACUGUUAUCCUACUAGCAGACCUUCUUCAGCUCUGACCACAGCAGAGUACUGCCCGCCAAGGAAAUUUGAGUCAGCCAGUUUGGGCACAGCUGGGAACCAGCUUCAUAGAGACACAGCCAGCAUCCCUCAGACUUUGGCUGGGAGUAGAUUGGGAUGCAGAGAAUGCCAGGCUUCUGAUGAGGCCAAUGACUGGACUUCCUCACUAAUGUCUCAGAGCAGGAACCGGCAGCCUCUGGUCUUGGGGGAUAAUAUCUUUGCAGAUUUGGUCGGGAACUGGUUGGAUCUGCCAGAGCUGGAUAAAAAGGGGGAGAAAAAUGAGACUUCCCUGUCCAUCAGCAGGUCUCAGGAGUUCUACAGGAAGUUUUCCUUCACGGCCAACAUCUUCAAAAAGUUCUUGAGGAGUGUACGGCCAGACCGAGAUAGACUCCUCAAAGAAAAACCAUGCUGGCUCCCAGCGGAAGACAGAGAGACUGAAAUUUCAAAGAGAUCCAAAAAGGUGAGCAAACAGAAGGGGACAUUUUACUUCCCCCUCCAUGGGAACCUACAGAAUUCUCACAGCAAAAUGGAGAGGUGCCCAAAGGCAGAAGCUAGUAGUGACAAAUCCAAGAAUUGUGCCAAGAAGGUCCAUGGCACCACAGACCACACCCAGUCAGGCUUUGAUAUGAAUACAGCCGUAUGGGUCUAAGUUCCUGUAAGCGUCUCCUUUGCCAAAUGGUUCUGCUUCACGCUAGAGAUGAGCUGGAGCACAUACAUGCCUGUACAUGAUAUACCCCAAAGGCCUGCCCCACACUGGGGGGGGGAGGAAACAGCGUAUCCUAUAGUGUAGAGUAUGCUGUGGGCAGCAGCCCCAUGAGUCCAGCUUCUAAGAGACCUACAUCUCCUGGGGAAGGACGUCCGAACAGCAGCUGAAUCAGGACUGUGUGCAGAAGCUUUCCAGAGCUGGUGCUUAGGAGAAUGACCAGAUUUCUUGACAGCGUCCAGGGCAGGUAGCACCAUGGAUAGCCAGCCCCUUACCUGUGUGUGAGCCUCUCUGGUCAUAGGGAUUUCAUGUUUGCCAAAUCCAUUCAAUUAAUCUCUGGUUAAGAUCACUACGGUACAUAAAAUGCAGUAUGUGUGUGUGUGUGUUAUGUAUAUAUUUUUAAAUCCGCUCUCCCUUGUGUGCACUUAAUACUGGAUUAUAAACCAGGCAACUCGAAAGUUGAUCUCAGAGCACUUGAUAUUUAAAUUAAAAAAGUAAGGUAUGAAUUUAUAAGAGACUGCAGUACUUGAACGGUCGCUGAAUGCAGAUGUUGUGUGCUCACCAUCCCGUUGCAUUUCAGCUUUUCUUUUUCUAAAGCGUUAUCUCCAAUGUACUCUUUGCCUGUCCUCUCCAGCAUCAGUUUAACCAGUAGUAUAAGUAACAGGUCCAUACAUGGAAUUUUGUGAUGUCCAGAAAUUCUUCACCAGUUUAGCGUUACCCUUCAUGGCCUUAUACCCAGAUGCUGCACUGAGCUAUGAAGUUGCAACAGACUUUGUGUUGGGUUGUUGGGGUUCUUUGUUUGUUUGUUUUAUUUGUUAUGUACAGAUUUAGUCUUGAGAAAACAAAACAGAGUUCUUCAGUGUUCCACUCUCCAAGAAUUACUAAUAAAGCGAUGUCACAAUC